UCCCCCACCCGCCUUCCUCUCGGCACUGCGCAUGCGCACCUGCCCUCCGGAGGACAAUACUCGCUGCGCCAUCACAAUACUGGAGACAAUCACAACAAUGGCAUCGCUCACAUCAACCUUCGCAGACAACAGCCAUACACGGACAAUUCGGGAGGAGCCCAGGGUCCCCGCUGCAGAAGCCCACCACCACCGCCGCCACCCGCUCACGUCUCCAGGCCGGGCGCUCGCUCUCCUCGGUUUCCAGAACCUUCUUCUAUGCGCAGCCAUGCCCGGCUGAUGUCACUAACCCAGUAACCAAUCACAGGGCGCAGGUCUGUUUCCAACUGCCAGCUUGCACGGACUGGAUCCGCCUUCCCCGUGACGUAUGUUGGGGGCGGGGCGCAGCGCAGCGCGUACACAGUGCCGCUGGGGUUAUAUUACACACAGCGGCGGCACUGUCCGUGUAUGAUGCGUGUCACUAGCUACAUCUGAUGUGUGCGGUGUAUGUGCUCAGUGCUAACACGGCUGCUGCGGGCGGGGCUGCACGGAGCAGCACAAGCAUCCCCUGUGACACAGAGAUGGCCCACACACAGCACUCCGUGCUCGCAGCAGCCGCUAUGUAUUCAACUGCGGACUGUGAGUGACAGCUCCCGCACACCACGCCCCCUGUCGGCCUGGGGUCACGUGGGCUCAGUAGCCGCGUCCAAUCCGGUCCAGGUAGCUGAGGGCUGUGUGCUGGGGAGGAGGAGAGCGUGUAGUGAGGGGGAGGGCGGCGGAGAGACAGAGAGGGAAGAAGAGGGGUGUGAGCGCUGCCGAGGUGGACUGAUCGCCCCGCUCCCAGCCGUGCACCCCGGUAACAACGGCCAGCUGACGCGGGAAGAGCCGGAGAGUAACAGCACUGCAGCAGGCUUGCUGUACUUGAGUGCACUGAAAGACCAUGGGUGGAACGCAUCAUGGCCGGCUAUUGGAACGCAUACAGACGUUCCUAUGGUAACGGCAGAGCGACUCCCGGAAGUGCGUCAGUGGAUGCGUCUCCGGCCGGCGGCCCUGGGGAGCGGAAUGGCGGCAUGGGGAGGAGAUCACUGCGGGCUGCGGGGUAUAAGGGGGCACAUAAUGAUCAAGCUGUUUGGGUCUGGAAACUGAUUAAUAAGAUGCCAAAAACAUUGUCAAUGAAAGUAAUUCCAAGUGAGAAUUCUGACAGUGACUGCAACAUCAUGGUCGAGAAACCCACUGGACGAAAGAAUAAAGAAAAGAUCACGUCGUUUGCCCGAACUCCUAAAUUGGGUCGGAGUGAGGUUGGUAAAGAAAUGAAAGAGAAGUCCUCUAUGAAACGAAAACUUCCCUUCACGAUCAGCCCACCUAGAGAUGAGGAAAGAGACUCUGAUACAGAUUCUGAAGCAGGACAUACAAGUGAAAACUGGGGUGAGCGAUUAACUCCUUCUUACAGCACAUAUGCAGAUAAAGAAGGGCCUGAGAAAAAGAAAGUGAAGAGAGAGGCUGGAAGUAAGAAAUCUACUCCUGUUAACAUUCUCUUUGGUUACCCGUUAUCUGAGCGCAAACAGAUGGCUCUCCUCAUGCAGAUGACUGCUAGAGACAACAGCCCAGAUUCAACCCCAAAUCAUCCUUCUCAGGCAACACCAACCCAGAAAAAAACUCCAUCGUCUUCCACAAGACAGAAAGACAAGGUUAAUAAAAGAAAUGAACGUGGAGAAACCCCGCUGCACAUGGCAGCUAUACGAGGAGACCUAGGCCAAGUGAAAGAGCUUAUCCGCCUAGGUGCAAAUGUCAAUGUUAAGGACUUUGCAGGUUGGACACCUCUACAUGAAGCUUGUAAUAUGGGAUUUUAUGAGGUUGCUAAAAUGUUGAUUGCAGCUGGAGCAGAUGUAAAUACCCAGGGACUGGAAGAUGAUACUCCGCUCCAUGAUGCAGCCAGUAGCGGGCACAGAAAUAUUGUGAAGCUGCUUCUUCGACAUGGUGGCAAUGCGUUCCAGGCCAACAAGCACGGCUCCCGUCCCAUUGAUAUGGCUGAGACAGAGGAACUAGAGCAACUACUGAAGAGUGAAGUUCCCAUUUCUGAUGAUGACGAUAGUUAUGCAGACUCUGAAGAGCCGCAGUUCACCAACAUGUCCAGUGUGGAUGAAAACUUAGAUUCAGAGGGUGACAAAGAGUCUCUCAUCGGUGAAAGCAAACAUGUAGCCAUCAAAGGAAUGCCUUGCACUUCAGGGCUUGAUGAAUAUGAAUUUAAAGAUGAAGAGGAGGAGGAAGAUGAUGAUGAUGAUGAUGAAGAAGAUACGGAAAUCAGCAAAAUGCUGAAAGACAAGCAUAUGCUCAGGAAUGACAUUAAAAAAGAGAACACUGAAGGAAAUGAUAACUUCUUUGUUAAGAAAGAAAAGAUUGAUUUUCCAAAAUUGUACAAAACCAGGAAAUCAAAACCUUCCCGAUUGUUAUUCACAAGCUCUGAUAGUUCAGAUGACGAUUUGCCUUCUGAGAAAGUGGGGCUGAUAUCGGAAAGCAUAAAUACUGAUAUCAGACUUAAAAAAGAGUACAAUGUUUUACAUGAACAGAAGGAGAAGGGUAAAGUUAAAAGGAAGCUGAAGAACCAGAGCAAAAACAAGGAGAACAAAGAAUUAAAGCCAGAAAAAGAAAAGAAGGAAAAUGUGAAAGUUGUAAGCAUAGCGAGUUCUGCUUUAGAUUCAUUAGAGAAAACCAGAGAUGAAGAUAUGUUUCGAAAAUCUUUGUGCACAAAGGAGGAAGGGUCAUUACAUUUAUUUCAGCUCACUCCUGGUAAAUCUCCCAAACACACUUAUUCUUCUGUGGAUAAGCAAUCAACACCUCUGAAACAAGAAAACACUAAGAUGUGUGUUUCGCCACCCGGAGGUUCGGAGUCCUCAUUACAAGCGGAGUUAUUUCGUUUUGAUCAGAGCCUUGAUUCAGAGUAUGCGCUGGAAAAUUCUAGUUCCACGUUUUCCAAAUACAAAGAAAAAAGUAAGCACCUGAAAGACUUUUUUAUUGAGCAUGGGGAGAGGGUUACCUCAAAGUGCAAAGAAGACAGCAAGAGUCCAUCAUUUGAGAUAUCUGAAUGUACUGCAAAAAAAUCAGACCGGGAAGGAAAGGUAGUCAAAAAGCACAAAGUAAGACAUAAAGAGAGGGACAAAGACAGGCUUAAAAAAGAACCAGAUGCGGAGAAAGAUAAAAUGAAGCAUAAGGACAAUAGUAAAAAUACUCAAAUCAAUAUUGAGUUUGACAGAGAAUUCUGGAAGGAAAACUUUUUUAAAAGUGAUGAAAAUGAAGAGUUGUUGAGCAUGGAAUCAAAAAACACAUCAGUAGAGAAAAAAGCCAAGCUGGAUAAAACACCAACAAAAGAAGAUAAAUCAAGAGAAAAUCAUGACCACAAAGAAAGUUCUAAAAAUGAGAAUGAAGAGAGUGUAAAAAAAGAACGAGACUGUAAUAUUUUUUUCCCUGAGAAAGAAGUUGUAUUCUUGUCUAACGUACUUAUUAAAGAGGACAAUUCACGCAUGGAAAAAGAUGAUGAACCAGAAUUUUUUUUUAAAGAUGUCCGGGAAAAGACUGACAAAAGAUUGGCAUUGAAAGAGAAGGACAUAGAAAAACUGGAUAAGAAAAGUAUAGACAAAGAGAAAAAAACAAAACAAGAUCAUAAAUCAGAAAGGGAAAAAACUGAAAUACAUGAGUUUGCAGAAAAAUGCAAAACACAUUUGCAACCUGUACAAAAAGAAAAUGACAAAAUCAGAAAUGCAUCAGCCAACAAAGAAAAGUCCAAAGAUAAGCUUGAGAAAAAGGUUGAAAAAAAUGAGAAAGAUAAACAUCUCAGUGAGCAGAAAGUUUGUUUAGAUAAAAAAGUUAAAACAUUUGAUAAGGAUCUGGAAACAAGUAAAAUGGACAAGUCAAAACGCAGGGAACGUGACUACCGAAAAAAGGAAAAACCUAAAGAAGGAGACUAUAUUGCUGGAACGAGUAUGAAGCAUAGUCAGGAGGAUCGAAAACAGAAUAACAUAGAAAAUAACAAAAUACUGCAUGAACGACUGUCAAUAGUAAAGGAAAAACCCAAAGAAGAGCAACAGAAAAUUAUGGAAUGCAAAGAAAAAGAUCGGAAAGACAAAGAAAAAGACAUUGAUCGAUAUAAAGAGCGCGACAAACAUAAGGAUAAAACACAAACAAAUAUAUUGAAGGGGAAACCAAAAGAAAUUGAAACUGAAAAAUGUAAACCCAAGUUACAGUUAGUAAAAGAUGCUCGGCCGAAAGAAAAAAGAUUGGUUAAUGAUGACCUUAUGCAGACUAGUUUUGAACGAAUGCUAAGCCUCAAAGAUCUAGAAAUUGAACAGUGGCAUAAAAAGCAUAAAGAAAAAAUAAAACAAAAGGAAAAAGAGAGGCUAAAACAUCGGAACAGUGCAGAACUAAGUAAAAUAAAGGAAAAAGAAAAACUUAGGAACUCACUGACUCCAUCUAAAAACAAGGAGUUGAUGAGAUCCAAAAGUUCAGAGUUGUCAGAUGUCUAUACAAAAGAAAAAUUAUUAAAGGAUGCCACAAGCUGCAGAUCACAAUCAGUUGACGGAAAAAAUUUGACACAAGCUGGAAAGACACUCUUAAUUUUAGAGAAUAAUAGCAUAGCAAGGUCUCCUCGGUCGGAGAGUGAAAAAACUGGUCUAAGUUCUCGAUCAAUAUCAAUGAUUUCAGUAGCCAGUUCUGAAGAUUCUUGCCAUGCUACUGUGACAACGCCAAGGCCUACAACUGAAUACGAUUCAGACUUUGCACUUGAAGGUUCUGACUCUCAAAUGUCUUUCUCCCAGUCACCAUUUUUACCGAGUGCCAAGUCACCGGCAAUUCAUGACAGAGAGUUAGACAGUCUUACUGAGCAACCUGAUCGUGUUAAACCACCUUUGACAAAUAGACUUCUUCCAAAUUAUCUCAGGUCAGUCUCUGCGGAAGAUGGUGAAUGCAGACUAUCUGUAGAAUCAAGAAUAAAAUCCUCCUCAGGAUCUGAAAGCACUUUACAAGAAUUGACAUCAGCUGUCCUACCAAUGCCAAACAGUUGUAUAUCUCCAAAACUAGAAGUAUUGUCCAUUACAGAGAGAGAUUUGUAUAGUACUGUCUCAAAUUGUCAUUUGAACAGCAAAAAAUCUUUAUCUUUUAGUAAGCAUAGUGUAGAUUCGAAUGUAUUAAACCAAGAACAACAGUCUUCUUCUGAAGUAACCCCUCUACAAACUAGCACAGAAAGUUCUGUCUGUCAACUAGAAAUGUCUUCACCUUUGGAUUCAGGGCCUGCUAAGGUAGUUUGUACUGAACAGGAAUCUGCCAAUUCCACUGAUGUUGCUAAUGAAGUAUCUCAGGAACUGCUCUCUUCUAAGCAGGAAAACCUAAAAACUGACUCGCAUGAUAUCUGCAUUUUGCCUUCUCCCACAUCAUGUGACAGUGAUAUAAAUAAGGCGGCUACAGAUGCACCGUGUUCCCCAAAAAGUUCUCUGCUCAGCAGCAUAAGGGAAGACCACAGUUUCACAAGUGCCAACUUAAAUAGUGUCAAAGUAAAUGACGUGAAAGAAACUGAGGCCAAACUUUCCCAAGAGGAAAAGACCUUGGUGACUUCUGCACCACCUUCAGAAGAAAAGAUUCAAUUUGUACUUUCAGACUGUGCUGUGGAAAAAGUGCAAAAUACAGAAGACGGGCAGGGAAACCAUGUCCUCUUGAAGGAAUGCUCACAAAGUAUUACCCGGACAAAGGAGAGUAUUCUGACUGAUAAAACCGAUGAUGCACAAUCUGUACCUAAUGAAGGCAAAACACUUUCAGAAACUCUGGAACCUACAUUAGAGAACACGAAGAGUGAGUUUGAUUUAGAAAACUCUUAUCAAACAGCAGAAAUCCAUAAUCAGAAUUCUCAUCUUUCAAUCAGUCAGACCACUUUGUUGCAUAAACCCGAUGAGGUACAUUUUACAUCUGAAAGUCAUGUCCCCUCAGUUCAAGAAGAGAUACAGAAAUUUAGCCAGUCCAUUAAGAUGGAAUUAGAGGAAAAUGCAGAGGAGAAAACAGAGCCUCAAGAAAUUCCUCAAAGAAUUACUAGAAACCGGGCUAACAUGUUAGCCAAUCAAAAUAAACAGGUACAGGCGGGCUAUUCACAUACAUCAGAAAAGGAGACCAUAGAAUCCUCAAUAUCACUAAGAGGGAGGAUACGACUAACUGAAGAGGAUGAUGUACAAGUUCAUCAUCCACGUAAAAGAAAAUUGCCUCGUGUGCCUCAGCCUGGUUUUGCCAAUCCCUCAAUUCAGCAAGCAAAGGAGAAAACUCAGCAGUCCCUAGCAGCAGUUGUAGAUUCCUUGAAAUUGGAUGAUAUUCAGCCAUAUCAGUCCGAGAGAGCAAAUCCUUAUUUUGAGUAUCUCCACAUUAGAAGGAAGGUAGAGGAGAGGCGCAAGAUGCUGUGUAGUGUCAUCCCACAGGCGCCACAGUAUUAUGAUGAGUAUGUGACAUUUAAUGGCUCAUAUCUACUAGAUGGGAACCCCUUCAGCAAGCUCUGCAUACCAACAAUUACACCGCCACCAUCCCUCUCAGAACCACUCAAAGAGCUUUUUCGCCAGCAGGAGGUUGUACGUAUGAAACUCCGAUUGCAGCACAGCAUUGAGAGGGAGAAGCUAAUUGUUUCUAAUGAACAAGAAGUUUUGCGUGUGCACUAUCGAGCAGCAAGGACGCUGGCCAAUCAGUCACUGCCAUUCAGUGCCUGCACGGUAUUGCUGGAUGCUGAGGUGUAUAAUGUUCCACAGGAGUCGCAGACUGAAGAUGGCAAAGCCUCUGUACGUGAUCGAUUUAAUGCCCGACAGUUCAUGUCCUGGUUACAUGAUGUAGAUGACAAGUUUGAUAAACUAAAGACAUGUUUACUCAUGAGGCAGCAACAUGAAGCCGCAGCGCUGAACGCUGUAGAGAGGCUAGAGUGGCAACUCAAGCUGCAAGAACUGGAUCCAGCCACCUACAAAUCCGUCAGCAUCUACGAGAUACAAGAAUUCUACGUCCCUCUUGUGGAGGUCAACGAUGAUUUUGAGCUGACUCCUAUAUGACGCUGUCAAUCUCUGCAGCUACUUCCAUAGACUGCAUUGCAAUAGGUUCAGCUGCAGACAGUUGACUUAACAAUUAUUGUAGGGCAUGGCCUCUAUGACAAAUACAUGCACUGUCUCUUUAAGGAAGAGGGAAAGGUCAAGGAAACAAGAGCACGCUCGGUCCUCAGGAACAGCUAGACUUAGGAACUUUUGUUUUACACAUUAAAAAGGAGAACUAAACUAUUACUAAUGUAGCUUCACGGUCAGUGAUUUUAGGGCAGCACCCCACACAGCUCAAAGAGGAUAGAAGGCCGCACCUCUAGAUGACCUUUGCAUAAAGAUUUGCCCAUUUUACUUUAAGCUAACGUUGGUACCUGUAUUUUGCACAUGCAUUACAGUUCCACUGAAGAGCUCGGUCCUCCUAGUGCCAUAAGGGUUGAACUAUAAAAGUGCAAUGCAAGAACGCUCCUUUACAUUGAAAGUAAAGGUCAAUGUUCCAUUUUAAACCCAGGAGAUAAUGAAGUGUAAUGCAAUGAAAGCUCUGAAUUUAUCACAUUUUAGAAAGUUUAUGUGUGAAAUUCAAACAAAUGUAAUAUUGUCUUAUUUUAAAUAACUUAUUUUAUAUAUAAAUAUAUAUAUAUGUGCAUUUGUAUAUAGUAUUGUAAUUAAGGAUCAAAACUUGUACAAAGAUAGAUAUUUUAUGUGUAAACUUAUGUCUGCAGUUUUAAUGGACCAAAGUUGUUGUCUUUUGGUUUUGUUGUGUAAUGUGUUGUACUUGUCAUUGUUUCAGUAAGGCAUGUCCGUAGCCUUGUAAAGGUUUAUGGAUAAAAGGUAAUGCAUGCGUCACUCAGUCCACCAGUUCUAUUACAAUAGAUACAAUACUAUUUAACACUUAAACAGAAAGCAAACUCCAUGUUAGCCUGCUGCUGAUAUCCUUUAUCUUAAGCAGAGUAUUUUUGUGUUUAAAUCUUAAAAAAGCAACAACAAAAAAAUCCUUGUUAGACGUCUGACUCAAAUGAGCCUAUUUUUUAAGAAAAAAGACUUUGAACGAAAAAUUGUAAAUGGUCUAUUUUAAUAUUUACAUAAAGUUUGUAUAUAUCUAUGUAAAUAUAUUGUUUAAUAAAUUUUAUUGGUCAUGUUCAGAAA